UAAGCAAAAAAAAAAAGUUAAAUAAUUUAAUUAAAUAAUUGGGAUAGGUUCAAGAUCUUGAACAAGAGGGAAAGGCAGAGGGAAUCAGAAGUGUAGAGAGCAGAAGAUGAUUCUUGCAGUGCUGUUUGCCAACGCUGAAGGCAACAUCCUCAUCGAACGUUUUCAUGGAGUUCCUGCCGAGGAACGCCUACAUUGGCGUUCGUUCUUGGUUAAACUUGGAGCUGAUAAUCUUAAAGGUGUCAAAAAUGAAGAGCUCCUAGUUGCUUGCCACAAGUCAGUUUAUAUCGUAUACACAGUGCUUGGGGACGUCAGCAUCUAUGUUGUGGGCAAGGAUGAGUAUGACGAACUUGCCUUGUCAGAAGUGAUCUUUGUGAUAACCUCAGCUGUGAAGGAUAUAUGUGGGAAGCCCCCAACUGAGCGCGUUUUCCUCGACAAGUAUGGAAGAAUUUGCUUGUGUUUGGAUGAAAUUGUAUGGAAGGGAUAUUUGGAAAAUACAGAAAAUGAUAGAAUCAAAAGACUGCUAAGGUUAAAGCCUCCAACAGAGUUUUGAAUGAGAAGUCCUUAGCCAGUCAUAGUUCAAUGACACUACUCUGGAUCAUAAAUGGCAUUUGCCGUUUUGCUCUGGAUAUCUGGUCCUAGCUUUGCACUGUGACUUUCAUUCAGGUGGUUUCCCUUUCUAUAUAGGGAAGGAUUAUGUUGGGCUAAUACUUGUAUUCAAAUCUUCUCAAUUUUCAACACUUGUAUUUUAUAGCAUUUCAAAAGGAUGUCCCUGAUGCUGCCUAAUGUACAAUGUGCUUUAAAUUUCUUUUUAGUUCCUUUUAUCACAUGUAUACUGUUUGUUA